AUGCAGAGCGGCCCCCACAGCGUGAACCCAGCUGCCCCCAGCUGCCCCCCCCUGAGCCUAGGGGCCUACGGUCAGGGGCCCUAUGGUCCGGGCCCUAAGUUCCCCCACCAGAUCACCAUCGAGAAGAGCCCUGCAUACUUCAUCACAGAGGAGGUUCCCGAGCGUAUCUUCAAGAUGAACUCCUCCAUCAAGCUGCUGGUGAUCGUGCGUGAGCCCACGACCCGGGCCGUGUCCGACUACACGCAGGUCCUGGAGGGCAAGGAGCGCAAGAACAAGACCUACCACAAGUUCGAGGAGCUGGCGGUGGACGAGGCCACCUGCGAGGUGAACACCAAGUACAAGGCGGUGCGCACCAGCAUCUACACCCACCACCUGGAGCGCUGGCUGCACUACUUCCCCGCGGAGCAGCUCCACGUGGUGGACGGCGACCGGCUGAUCAGCGACCCGCUGCCCGAGCUGCAGCUGGUGGAGCGCUUCCUCCACCUGCCGGCGGCCAUCAGCCGCUCCAACCUGUACUUCAACGCCACGCGCGGCUUCUACUGCCUGCGCUUCAGCCUGCUGUUCAACAAGUGCCUGGCGGGCAGCAAGGGCCGCACGCACCCCGCCGUGGACGCCUCCGUGGUGGAGAAGCUGCGCCGCUUCUUCCACCCGUUCAACCAGAAGUUCUACCAGAUCACGGGGCGGACCUUCGACUGGCCCUGACCUCUGGAGGGGAACCCUGCUGGCCAACGCCAGGGACAGACAUUCGGAGGAUCGAGCACUUUGACGGGGUUCGUCGUUGCAGCCGUGACCAAAUAUUAAAAGAGGAUCACUUUGGGGGACUUCAGUUUUUUUUUGUUUACGUUGGGUGAAGGUGGCAAGAAGUUUGACACAAAGCUUCUAUUGAACCGUGAAUAAAGUUGUGGUCCCCGUCUUCGUCCGCUGUUGGGAAAACUGAAUGGGUCUGAAAUGCGAAAGAGAUUCUGAUCUUUGACUGCUUUCUGAAAGAUAAGCAUUCGCUGACAUUCAUGCUAUGAUGCUUAACAGCUUUUAAAAAAGUCGUAAUUCCCAAUGAAAAGUCACAAUGAAUCGGUAAGUGGAAAAUGUAAACCUUAUUUUAUAUGAUUUUCUUGUUUUAACGAUUCAUUUGUGCAUGCACCAGCGUUUCCAUGGCUAUGGUGAGUUGAGGGCGUCCUGUCUGUCGUUUCACUCCAUCGACACAAAGUUACUUCAAUCUGUUGUACCCCACUUGCAAUUGAUUUCCAUGGAUGGCUGCUGUUAUGUUCUGCGUUGCCUAUCGGCCACAAGUUAAGUGACAAAAGAGUCAAACUUUAGACAUCAAAAUCAUGUCCGGGAGUUUUUUUGAGGCUUGGAAGACUCAACACUUGUUUCGUAACUUUGUCGCUUUUUGAUGUACUUAGCUUUGGUACUCAGAUGUUUGGCCUUUCAGUCAUUUGGCGAAGAUAAAGCGGCACUACUAAACUUCCUCAUCGGGUCAGGGUGGAAUUAUGUCAGUUUAUUUGAAAAUAUUCACUCUGUAUCAUAAGUGUGUUGUUAAAAAAAAUGUUUUAAUAAAAGAACAUUUAAAUCUGCUCGUGCCGAACUCUGAAUUGAUGUUUUUCACCAACUUAGGAGCAGAAGCAGGAGAAGAUCUUCAACUUGGACAUCACACCAAGGUCAAGCAUAUCCACUGAAGGCUGUAUCUAAAACCUAGAAAGUUAAAGUGUAUCUAGAAUCCAGAGUGUAAAGUUAAAGUGUCUAAAAUC